UUUUUGUAGCCGUCUCAAGUGGGGAUUCAAGAUCAUCAAUGUUUUUUUUAUGCUGUUAAUGUUUUGAUCUAUUCUGUUCGCUCUCUGCGUUGGAAGGAGAUGAGAGAAAUAGACUGAAACCUUUAUUAAUACCGUUUGAAACAGAUACGGGUCUCAAUGAGCCUUGCGCACAGUUUUGAGCGGAAUUCUGAAGCCAUUGACAAACUUGAAUUAUUCAAUUUCUUGAACGUGCACCAUGGUAACGUUUCGCGGAAGUGUAACGCAACAAAAAAGGAAAUCCACGGGAAUAGUUUUACGAUAGCUAACAGAGUUUUGGAAAGUGAAACUAUUUUCCAGUAGAAAGUAGUGCCUACCAGUGAUGUAAUAUAAAUUAUGUGAGUUAGUUGACCAGUUUAUUAGACAGUCAUACAGGGCCAUAGCAACGUAGCUAACGUUACUCUGAACAGCACGAUGCCUCUAGGCUAGCUAACUUUCGAUGGCGCAGCUGUCAUCAAACGACGUUACCACCAGACAUUAGCUAGCUAGCCUACGACGUUGCCAGUAAUUUCGGUUAGGCAUGAAUAUGCUUUAUAUAAAUUGUUAAGGGGUGCCCGCUGCUUUUCGGCGCUUCAAACUGAUAGGCAAGCUAACUCAUUGGAUAACGAUGAGUAACUUGAAUAUCGUGUCAUACAGUACUCAAGGUAAAACAAUGGCAUCUCAAGGCGCGUGUCUCAGUGGGACAGGUGUCUUUUACCAAGCGAUGCCAGCUGUGGGAACCGAUGGGAGAAAUGUUAUGAAACUAAUCCCUGUUCAAAAAGUCAACGGACAGUUUGUUCGAUCACCAACGGGCACCAUAAAGGACAUUGCUGAACCUAAACGAGAUGAUACCUCGAAUGUUCCAUCAAUUUCGAAGAGUAACAUAUCUAUUUCGGGACCCACAGCUAAAGAACACUUUGUGAAUAAAAGGCCAUUUUACGUGAGUACCUCUCCAAAUCCAGCCAAUCUGACAGGAAUAUAUCCUUCAGUGCGCAUCCAGACUCCCAUAGUAACAACAAAAGUUGCCCAAAGUGCAGGAUCCUUGACAUCACCUGAGUUUACCUGUGGGAACACAUUUGGCCUAACACUUAUAAAUAAGAAAAAGCUGCCAGUCGCUGUGAAAUCCCCAGCGCUUCCAAAUGGACAAUACCUUCAAAUUCCCCCUAAUGCACAAGUCAAAACCCUCCCAGCAUCCGCACUCCCCCCAGGCAUAAAGAGACAGAUAUUUACUUCAUCAACGACCUGUACCUCAAAUUCGCCAAUGGUUCUUUAUGUGUCCCCUGUCCAAACCAUGAAGCAUAGUUAUGUACCAACAUCUCCGAAGUCAGCCCCCUCACUCAGCCGACUUCCAAGGUCAUCUGGCCAAACACUUUCUACAUGCUCUUCAACAGACUCAAGACAGUGUUCUACUACUGCCAAGGAUGGCAAAAGACUGGUCACUCCGAUUAAGUGGGUGAUUGAGGAGGCAGAUGGCUUACCUGCUCCAUGCCUUGUUCCUGUGAAUUCAUCUUCUAUGACCUCAGAUAUCCUGAAAACUCUGGCAGAGAUGGAAACAGCCAGCAAAAUGUGUGAUCACACAGCAAAAAAUUAUUCACCUUCCCAAGAGGGUCAGACAAAAAUUGGACAAGAGAAGGACAAUGCCUUAGUGAUGUACAAUGGGAAGGUGUAUUUUGUGGUCAACAAAACCCCUGAGCUUUGUAACAGACCAUCAAAACCCUUGGAGGCCAGUAGGAACAUGGGUACCUCCUCCACGCAGGCAAAGGAAAAUGUUGGAUUCAAUCAGGGAAUCAGCGUACCGCCCUCCCUACCCCUGUGCUCCUCAUCUGGGUCACAAUUGUCAAAUAAAACCAGACCAGACCCAAAACACAUUGUCAUACCAGAUGAAAUCAUUGACCUCUGUGACGAUGAUUCCCAGGAUGACCUCACAUGCCAGGCAAUAUCAACAAAGGAUGUAACAAGGCAACUUUUCAGACAGUCUGAAGUUGAUGAGGACGAAGACUCCAAUGUAAUAUUUGUCUCAUACCUUCCACCCAAAGCGGUGCCUAAAGUAUGUGAAGGAGAAAUGUCUCAUAUGCUGGAUGACUUCGAAGCUGAACAAGAAAUGGUACGUAGUCAAAAGAAUUUGAAUGGCCAGGUAGUGGAUAGUCAGAACAAUGUAUCUGGCCUUUCAAUAGAAAGGUGUCAGAAUGUUGGUACUGCCCAAGACAUGGCAGACUGUCAAGGUAUUGCAACAGGCCAAGAGUUGAACUCCCGUCAGCAAAACAUCACUGGUCAGGAUUGGAAAAGACUGCACAUGGAAGGAUUUUAUGGCAGUGCAACUGGACUCAGAAUUGAGAACAUUCGUAGUGGUGCCACCACCCAAGAAAUGGGGAACAUCCAGAAUGAUGCCACUGACCAAAGCAUUGGAAAUAGUCAGCACAAUGUCUCCAUUCAAGAAAUGGAGAACAUUCCUGGAAGCACCGCUCUCCAAACAGAAAUGGAGACACACAAAAAAAAGAGCUCAUCAGAUCCCAUUCCUGAGCAGCAGACUUCCAUGUUGGACCAAGAAUCCCUGGAAACUUGUGAUCGCCUGCUGAAACAGAUGUUUGGGAUCACAUCUGAUGUGCAGAUAUGUUUGAAGAGGAUAGAUUCUAAGCCCAAGGCUAACCCUAAGGUGUUUCCUCAGAUUGGGACCACAAACAAACGUACCAUAGAGGCUAUUCGCAAAUUGUUACAGGGAUCAAUAUUUGUGACAAAAAAGAGGGUACAUAAUGAAACACAGGUCUCUGCCACAAGGAACAGUGAUGGUUGUCUAAAAGAUGCUAAAAGGCAGAAAAUAGAAAAAGUUGAAAAUGCAUUUAAAAGUUCAGAAAACCCAGAGCCCCUUACCAGUCCAACUCCUCAGCUGGACAUGCAGCCCCUUACCAGUCAAACUCCUCAGUUGACAUUGCAGCCCCUUACCAGUCAAACUCCUCAGCUGGACAUGUUAUUUGAUGGUGAACAAAUAUUUGUUCAUGAGGAACCGACUGUCAAUUAUUUUAUUUCAACCACAGAUGAAACAGUUGUCCCUUCCAAACCUCUGCCAGAUCUCGAUCUGGUGCAUAUUUCAAAACGAAGCUCAAACUCACCCGUUUCAUCUGUCCACCCACAAAUAAACACUGAAGCUAUGGAUUGCGCUCCUAGGCCCUGCUGUGGCACAGCAAGCAACAUAAAGCCAAACUCUAGAAGAAGAAGAAGGGGAAAAGGGAGAAGAUGCACUGCAUGUCCAUGUGAGGUGACUGGAACACAAGUACAAGUCAAAGCAAUGAGCACAUCAUCCACUUCACAAAAGGAGCCUGAUUCAUCUAAACCACCAAACACCAGGUCCUCAGGGAACCGUACCAGUGCAGUUGCAGAGUCGACUAAACAAAAGGGGAGAAAGUCCACAAAGGCUCAAGCGAAAGAUAAAGAGCCAGCAUCUAUGGAGAGCCAAUGUCCUUCAACUAUGAGUGAGCAGGGAAGUAGUACAGCUGGAGAGAUCCCAACCAGUUAUCUCUGCUCUACAGCACCCAUGGACCCUGAAGAAAUUGAGCGUCAUGAGAGAAUCAAACGACUGAAAGGACUCUUAAAGGAGAAGGAAGCUGCUCUUGAGAUGAUUAGAAAGAACAUGAGCUGAGUUGGAGAGGGACGGAAUCACUUUCCAAAUUCCAUAAUGUAUUUCAUAACUUUAGCCUUACAGAACUCUCAUCCAUCAUAUUUAUGUAAUUUAAGUUUUAUUCCCUGCAGGAAAUUAACUUAUUUUCAGUAUUGAAUGUUUAAUUCCAAAAUACAAUAAUUCCAGUAUUGAAAUGUAACUAACUUUGUUUUCCUUGUGGAUAAGUGUAGUGAGAGAAUAUAUUGAUGCAUUGACUAAGCAUCUUAAGAUGUUUUUGAAAAUAUUAACAUUUUACAGACUAGCAUUUUCUGAUGUUUGUAUUUCUGUUUCAUCAAGCUUUUGCUGUUUUCUAUAUUUGUUCUGCAAAGAUGGAUCACAAUGCCAUCUUCAAACUGCAUACAGAUACUUGUUGGCUUCCUUAAGAGUCAUUUAUUUUAUAAUGUAAUUGUUACAUUUGGUUAGUAGGCAUAAGUGUUUUUCUGUCUGUAAAUGAAAUUACUGUAACUCAAAACAUUUAAUAAAUCAUGUGUACUGCUCUUCUCUCCUUGUCUCCUCCAAAAUCCAUUGGAUGAAAAAGGCAGAUGUCCCUCCCCUCUGAGCUUCUGCUCCAAUGGGUUUUGAGAAGGAGACAGACUUCAUCUCCAAGGACAUCAUCCUGACAAUUUACCACACUCCAGGGGUAGACCACAGCAGCAGUCAAAGCCUAUGACCAAUGGGACUCGCACCCACUGGCACAACCCUUUGCAAAAAACAUGGCAGUCUGCAGGUCUUUGGACCAUUGUACUGGAACAAGCUGGACUUAUCCACACGACAGCUAGCUAGCAUGUCCACCUUCAAAAGAGCAGUACAUAUAGCUGUAAUGUGAGCGUGGUUUUGUAUGUAGGCUACCGCAUAUGAUGUGUAUACGGUGAUUUUAGAUGUGCUUUUGUAUGUAUCCCUUUGUAUGUAUGCCAAUGGGUAUGCUGUAUAUGUUUUUAUUGAUUCUAUGGAACCCAGGACUCCCUGGAAAACACUGGCAAUUGCUACGGAGUGGCUUUUUGUAACGAUAUUGCAUUUGUAAGCACUAUCAAAAUAGUGUACAGAGAAUGCCCCAAAAAAAUCUGAAGCAAUGCACACAUGUUUAGGGCUAAGCUAUACAGUUUCACUGCCUCUCAUUUUGAAAACAGCCUUUGUCAUGGUCACAGGAAGUUACCACAGCAGUGAAUUAGCUGUGUGAAGCCAGCAUCAAUAAGGAACAUUAAGGCUUGGAUUAAAUUGGUUAUAACAUGAAAAAAAGCACAUACCAAGAUGUGUGCAAUAAUACCAUUUGAUUAGAAUCAGAAGCAACUGUGGAAAAUAAGGUGAUAUCCCAUUAUGUCUAUUUCGCACUAUGGCGAAGACCAUCUGUAUUUUAUUUCAUAACUGGGUUUAUUAUACUAUACACAAGUAGUAUCCAAACCACAGUGCCAUUGAGGCAACCUCCAUUUUGAAGUACUCCAUUUUCUUCUUACUACUUCUAUGAGUUGGCAACAUGGAGAAUGAUAGAGGCCUUUAGUGGCCAAAAGGCUGUAUUAGCAUGGGCAGUGGCAUUGAGGGUUUCCACCGUUUUAAUGUAGUCAACUGGGUGGGACAUCCAAUUUCAUUGGCUGAUCCCUCCUGGUAACCCUGUUGGAGUCAUGUUCAACCGGGUCAACCAGAGGGAUCAGCCAAUCGUGAAGAAAAUUGACUACUUAAAAAUGGAGAUUGCCUCAAUGGCACUGCCCAUGCUGUCAAAGACACUAUAAUGUCACAGAUACAAAGAUGAGUCCUCUAUCUGUAUGGUUUGCAAACAAACAAUGGGUAUAAUUCAUUGGAUGAUCCCUCUGAUGGAAUCGUGUGAUCCUUCCUUGACCCAUAGGAAGUCCCACCCAACUGACUACUUUAAAAUGGUGGAAGCCCUCAAUGGCGAUGUCCAUGCCAAAAUGGGUUUUAGCCAUCUAGAGUCCUUUAACUAUGGUGAUACCCGAGUUUCCCACUUCGAAAGUAUCAUAGUCAACCAAUGGGAAGCAUUUCUGACUUGUAAUAAAAGUAGCAAGUGUUGCUGAACAAUAUGUGAAAUUAUCACUAUGUGUUCACUAUAUGCACAUGAAUGUGGUCCCGUGUGACUCAGUUGGUAGAGCAUGGCGUUUGCAACGCCAGGUUUGUCGGUUCGAGUCCCAUGGGGGUCCAGUACGAAAAUGUGUGCACUCACUACUGUAAGACUGUCUGCUAAAAGACUGAAACAUGAAUGGUUGGAGCAUGUUGGGCUAUACAAAGUUGCCUGCAUAGACACUAUAUCUAUGAUUGCAUGUACCAGAGAUUUUCUGGACAUGAUGUCUCAAUAAAGGGCAUUUAUUCCAUAGAAUUAGGAAUUUGAUUAAAUGUAA